UUGCGCUUUACGGCCGGGCGAGGGGGCACGUCAACAGCUAUGGCGGAAGGGGAAGAAGCGCUACCGCUGUCGAGCAGCUGGGAAAAAGAUCUUGCAGAAGCUCUAGAAGAAGGAGGUUGUGAUCUUGAAACUGUGAGAAACAUCAUUCAAGGAAGGCAAUUGCCUGCUGAUCUGAGGGCCAAAGUCUGGAAGAUUGCACUUAAUGUUGUAGGAAAGGGGGACAGCCUGGCAUCCUGGGAUGGCUGUUUAGACCUACCAGAACAGAGAGUAAUUCAUAAGGAUUGCCAAGAGCUAAUUGACCAAUUGUCAGUGCCAGAAGAAGAGAAGUCAAUAUUACUUUUGGAUAUUGAGUCUGUUAUUACUUUUUAUUGUAAAUCACGCAAUGUUAAAUACAGCUCUUUCCACGGAUGGAUACAUCUACUCAAGCCUUUGGUGCACCUUCGAUUGCCUCGCAGUGAUUUGUACAACUGCUUUUAUGCUAUCAUGAAUAAAUUCAUUCCAAGGGAUUGUUUUCUGAAGGGAAGACCAUUUCACCUAUUUAGGCUGCUUCUUCAAUACCAUGAGCCUGAACUCUGCUCCUUUCUUGAUACUAAGAAGAUGACACCAGACUCAUAUGCACUCAACUGGCUUGGAAGCCUCUUUUCAUAUUACUGUUCAGCUGAAGUCUCUCAGGCAAUAUGGGAUGGAUAUCUACAGCAAGCAGAUCCAUUUUUUAUUUAUUUCUUAAUGUUAAUCAUCCUUGUCAAUGCAAAAGAAGUUAUCUUAGCACAAGAAACAGAUAAAGAAGAAAUGAUAAAAUUUCUAGAAACUUCACCAGCCAAUCUUGAUUUAGAGGAUAUAGAAGAUCUUUUUUCUUUGGCACAAUAUUAUUGUAGCAAAACUCCAGCUUCUUUCCGGAAGGACAACCACACUCUUUUUGGCAGCAGCUUGCUGGGCAUCAAAGAUGAUGACAACGAUUUGAGCCAGGCCCUCUGUCUAGCAAUUUCUGUGUCUGAGAUUCUUCAAGCAAAUCAGCAACAAGGAGAAGGAGUAAGGUUCUUUGUAGUGGAUUGUCGUCCUGCAGAACAAUACAAUGCUGGGCAUUUAUCAACGGCAUUUCAUUUAGACUCGGACUUGAUGCUUCAAAACCCAUCAGAGUUUGCACAGUCUGUAAAAUCCCUGUUAGAAGCACAAAAGCAAUCUAUUGAGUCCGGCUCCAUAGCUGGUGGGGAACAUCUCUGCUUCAUGGGAAGUGGCAGGGAAGAAGAAGAUAUGUAUAUGAACAUGGUGUUAGCACACUUCUUACAGAAAAAUAAAGAAUAUGUAAGCAUUGCCAAAGGAGGAUUUAUGGCACUCCAGCAGCACUUAGCAGAUAUCAAUGUGGAAGGACCAGAAAAUGGAUAUGGACACUGGAUUGCUAGUACCUCAGGCUCAAGAAGUAGCAUAAACUCUUCUGUCGAUGGUGAUUCUCCUAAUGGUUCAGGUGAUGGAAAAGGAGUCAAGUCCUUGGUGAAUAAAAUGACGGUUGCUUUGAAGACUAAAUCUGUGAAUGUGAAAGAAAAAGUUAUUAGUUUUAUUGAAAAUACAUCUACACCAGUGGACAGAAUACCUUUCAAUAUUCCCUGGCCAGACAGAGCAAGCCUGGAGCGACAUGUCAGCAGCAGUGACAGAGUAGGAAAGCCCUACCGUGGUGUGAAACCAGUAUUCAGCAUUGGAGAUGAAGAAGAAUAUGAUACUGAUGAAAUUGAUAGCUCCUCAAUGUCAGAUGAUGAUCGAAAAGAGGUUGUCAACAUCCAGACAUGGAUAAAUAAACCUGAUGUGAAGUAUAAUUUCCCUUGUAAUGAAGUAAAAGAAAAUGGACAUAUGUUUCCCAGUCAUCUCCUUGUAACUGCAACCCAUAUGUACUGUCUGAGGGAGAUUCCAUCGCGAAAGGGAUUGGCUUACAUACAGUCUCGCCAAGCACUCAACUCUGUAGUCAAAAUCACAUCCAAGAAGAAACACCCAGAACUGAUCACCUUUAAAUAUGGAAAUAGCAAUACUUCCGGCAUAGAAAUUUUGGCAGUUGAAAGGUAUUUGAUCCCAAAUGCAGGUGAUGCUACCAAAGCCAUAAAACAACAGAUCAUGAAAGUAUUGGAUGCAUUGGAGAGUUAAUAACUAAAGACUUUGCAGAGAACGGUUUGUAAAGAAGAAGCAACCAAGAUACUGUAUGUGGACACAGUCUGACAGCUUUCCAGCUGAAUUUCAAUUUAAGAGAAUUUUCUGUUUGCUGAUGGGAGUGCCUGAGUAGCAGGCUUAAGAUAGGGUAAAUUAUUAUCAAUUUCUGAACAGUUUUUUAAAUUUUCUUUUUGAUUAAUAUUUUCUGUUAUUGCAGAAAUGUUUAUUAUAAAGGUCAGUUUGUCUCAUUUUUUAAAGAAGCUUUAAUGUGAGUGAUCUGUAUCUUGGUAAGAGAGGGUACAGUAUGUAGUUGGAUUUGUAUGACUGUGUAAAAGGAAAGCAGCACUGUCAGGUAUGGAGAAACAGUUGAAAACGGAACUGUCUUAAAUGAUUUGGACACCUGGUAGUAAAAUGUCUCCAUAGCCUACAGUCUCUAAAUUUGAUUUGGCUUACUGAAUAGUAUCAAGGACUGACUAAAAGCACUCCAGUUUGUAAGCAGAGCAGAUAAAAUCUUAGAGAUACUGCUUUCUUCUCGUAAAAAAUGAUUGGAAUCUGGUUAAGAUGAAUGAAAAAAUGCGAAGAAUACUGUGAAAUUAACUUUUUAAAAUGUCCUAGUAGGUAAAAUAAUUGGAUUUGGUAAAUAAGUGCAUUUUUAAAUACCAAACUGAAUUGUACACAAUAAGAAACUUAAUACGGGGUUGCAGUUUUGUAAUUAUGCAAAAUUUUACAUUUCUUAGGUUGAGAUUAUUUCUCCUGUAAAAGUGAGUGUAUGCAUUGAAAUUGGAGUUUAUACUUCGUGACAGAAUAUGAUAGUUGAAAACAAGUUAUCUGGCUGCUCAGAAGUGAGAUGCCUGGGAUAUUAAUUGGACUUUUUAAGAAAGCUUCAAUUCAGCACAGAGUUUGUACCAUUGAAGGUGUGUUGUUCUGCAAGAAAAUUAAUGCACACUGAUUCAGGUGCUGUAUGCCUGCGAUAAAUGUAUUCAUUACCUGUUGCCUUUGCCAAUUCAAUCAUAUGUUUAUAUUCUUUUCACUAAUGUCAUCUUCUAAAUAAGGUAACAUUUUAGAACUAGCAGCUAUGUUAUUGUUUAUCUGCAGCUUUCCAUUUGAUCCAAGAACGGUUCUCUUGGUAGCAAGCCCAGUCCGGGAAUGCCUCUGUGCAUACUGAGGUGGAAAUUAUCAAAAAUUGUAGAAUAACGGUAACUGGGAUUAGCUGUCCUGUGUGGAGUGUUCUGAGUAUUUGAGUCAAAACCCAUGGACUGGAACAAUCUCAGGAGAUAAAAUAAAUGAAACUGACCUUUAUAAAAACUGGCUAUUCUAAGUUAUUUUAGUAGGAAUCAAGCUGAGGCACCUUAAAUCUGGAACUAAUUCCUUUUUCCUUUUUUCUUUUUUUUUCUUAGUACCUGAGUAAACACCAAUAGAAUUUGAACUGUUAAAGAGAUUUGCAUGAAAUUGCACCUGGGCCUAUGCUCAUGUAUUUAUAGUUUUCCCUUGCAGCUGUUGUAUUACUUUUCCCUCUUCCUAGAACCUUCUGAAAAUCUCCUGAAGGGUCUCUGACCCUGCGCCUACUUCAGCAAAGAGAUUUUUUCAUGUAAAGAUGUUUGUGUUACUGUUUAUAAACUACAGUUGUAAAUAAACCAGUACAAUUUGAACAUAA